AUGAGUCCCUAUGGUAGUUAUCUGCUCUGCUGGAUACUUGCACUUGUCGCUGUCGCCGAAACGACCGCUCUGACAAACGAGCCGCGAGCAAACAACGAAGAACGCAUUGUCGGUGGCGUACCCGUGGACAUUCGCGAUUACCCGUACCAGGUGUCGUUGCGCCGUGGAAGACACUUUUGCGGUGGUUCCAUCGUAAACCACCGCUGGGUUCUGACUGCCGCCCACUGCACCAGAUCGAUUAACACCGGCAACCUGUGGAUUCAGGCGGGUUCGACCCAUGUAGACGAGGGUGGCCAACGGGUUCGCGUCCAGCGGAUCGUUCAGCAUCCAAAGCAAAACUCGUGGAGUGACUACGAUUUCUCGUUGCUGCUGCUGGAACAAUCGCUUAACCUCACGGACACGGUCCAACCGAUUGCUGUACGCAGCUCGUCCGCAGAAGAACUACCGGUCGGAACGCGGUGCCAGGUGUCCGGUUGGGGUAAUACGCACAAUCCGGACGAAUCAGCUUUGAUCCUGAGAGCGGCUACCGUCCCGCUGAGCAACCAUCGGAAGUGUAGCGAGGUGUACGCGGCCAUUGGCCCCAUCACGGACAGCAUGCUGUGCGCUGGGUAUGAUGAGGGAGGCCAGGAUUCGUGCCAGGGAGAUUCCGGCGGUCCACUGGUCUGCGAUGGCCAGCUGACGGGUGUGGUGUCGUGGGGUAAGGGCUGUGCCGAACCGGGCUAUCCGGGCGUUUACGCGAAGGUUUCCAAAGCCGCCGACUGGAUCCAGCAGACGCUCGACAAGCAUAUGGUAGCAUCCUCUGAGCCGUUUUUAAUCUGA